AUGUUUAGAACAACCUUUCUGUUAGUUUUGGCGAUUUGCGCUGCCCAAGAUCCUGCGCCUUUCGAUCCUGAUCAAACUUAUAAUGUUGAUCCCAAUAGGCCAGUUGUCACAUAUACCGACAACUGGCUCACUGCGACCGCUCCGGACUUUGCGCCGGGUGGUCAACCCCCCGCUGUUACACCAGCUGAGCCUGCCCAGCCUCAGCCUCAACCUGAUCCAGGUUAUACCAAUCCGAAUCCUGCUGCUCCGACUACCCCUGCUUCGCCCGCUGUCACCCCCGGUCAAAAUCAACCUGAGCAGCCCCCUACUGAUAAAGCCAACCCCAGCCAACCCGAUCAGCCCCAAGGCGAUGGAGGUUCUGGCGAAGGGAGUUCUGGCGAUUGGGGUUCUGGCGAUGGAGGUUCUGACGAUGGAGGUUCUGGCGAUGUUUUUACUGUUUAUCAAACCUUCUACACAACUGUAUGUGAUGAUACCACGACGUACGUUACUCGUGCUACUCCAACAAUGGAGGAGGUACCUACUGAAACCGUCGACGCACUACCUACUAAUUGCCCAGCAGCUGAUCCCGUCACUGUUGUUGAACCUGUAACUGUAACUCAGUUGGUUACAGUAACUCAGACAGCUCCUCAGCCUAUGACUGUUACCCAGCUGGCAACUGUACCUCUGCCUACAACCGAGAGUGUUACUGUUACCUCUAAUCAUACAGUCACGGUUUCUACCACUCUUACUCUAUCCAGUUCCACUACCUCGGUAAAUAGCACCCAACCUACUUCCACAAAUGUGCAUAACCACACUACCGAGCUCAGUUCAACUGCCCUGGCCGAUACUACCCAACUAACUUCCACAACUAACUCCACAACUACGCAUGAUCACACUAAGGAAUCCACUUCUACUGCCUUGGCUAAUACUACCCAACUAGCUUCCACAACCGUGCAUGACCACACCACGGAGCUCACUUCCAAUGCUUUGAAUGCAACCGAGACUGCAAUUGCACCUGUCACAACAGGUGACCACGGUCAGAUCGUUGAUCAAGGUACAGCUGGAACACAAGACCUCACACAGCACGUUACAAUCCUAACUACUGCUAUCAAUACCUUCACUGACUCCCCUAUUUACCAAACUGAAACCCCUGUAUUUGACCCUGUCCAAAGCACACGACUCAAAUCCCGAUCGCCCGAGUCUUCAAUUGGAUCCAGCUGUGCAACCAAUUCCGAGCUGGCUGCCAAGUCGUCGUCGUCGGCGGCGUCGGCGUCUCGUUCGUCAACUGGAUCCACAUCCUCAAACGCAGCUAUUUCCAUUAAACCUGGUUUCCUAUUUUGCAUUUUAGCAUUUAUCAUGUAG